CAGCGAUCUCUCUCUCGCUCUCUCUCUCUCUCUCAGCUCCUCUCAGUCUCUCUCCCUACAGUGUGUGGAUGUUUGUGUCGUUUUUGCUCCUCCGAUGCCGCAAAAGGAGUUCCAUAAUCAGACCUCAUGGGAAACCGGAGUGGCCUCUAUAAUGCAAAACAGUCACAGUGGGGUAAAUCAGCUGGGUGGUGUGUUUGUAAACGGUCGGCCGCUGCCGGACACGACAAGGCAGAAGAUUGUAGAGCUUGCUCACAGUGGAGCUCGACCCUGCGACAUCUCCCGCAUACUGCAGGUGUCGAACGGCUGUGUGAGUAAAAUCCUGGGCAGGUAUUAUGAAACCGGUUCUAUUCGUCCGCGAGCGAUUGGGGGCAGUAAACCGCGGGUAGCGACUCCUGAAGUGGUCGGUAAAAUCGCCCAGUAUAAACACGAGUGUCCGUCCAUCUUCGCCUGGGAGAUCAGGGACAGGCUGCUCAGCGAGGGAAUCUGCUCCAAUGAAAACAUCCCCAGCGUUUCCUCCAUAAACCGAGUUCUGCGUAACCUGGCCAGUGAGAAGCAGCAGGUGGGGGUGGAUGGUGUGUAUGAUAAGCUGAGGAUGUUGAACGGUCAAAUUGGCACAUGGGGGGCACGGCCUGGGUGGUACCCUGGAACUGCAGCACCUGGUCAUCCAAACCAAGAUGGUUGCCAGCAGCAGGAGAACAGUAGUGAAAACACAAAUUCCAUCAGCUCCAAUGGAGAGGACUUGGACGAAACCCAGAUACGGCUGCAGCUGAAAAGAAAAUUACAAAGAAAUCGCACAUCUUUCACUCAGGAACAGAUUGAAGCCCUGGAAAAAGAGUUUGAAAGAACUCACUAUCCUGACGUGUUUGCAAGAGAAAGACUUGCAGCCAAAAUCGAUCUCCCAGAGGCAAGAAUACAGGUUUGGUUCUCCAACAGAAGAGCCAAAUGGAGGAGAGAAGAAAAGCUGAGGAAUCAGAGGCGACAAGUCAGCAGCAACUCCAGUCAUGUUCCAGUCAGCAGCAACUUCAGCACCAGCAUUUACCAGCACAUUCCCCAGCCCAGCACUCCUGUAACUUUUACAUCAGGCUCUAUGCUGGCCAGGUCGGACGGCGCUUUGACGAACUCUUAUAGUGGCCUGCCGCCCAUGCCCACCUUCACCAUGGCUAAUAACCUCCCUAUGCAGCCUAGCCAGGCCUCCUACUCCUGCAUGCUGCCCACCAGUACGCCAGUGAAUGGGCGGAGCUACGACACAUUUCCAUCCCCUCAUAUGCAGGCACACAUGAACAGCCAAUCAAUGUCAACCUCUGGUACCACCUCUACAGGACUCAUUUCCCCUGGAGUUUCAGUCCCGGUGCAGAUCCCCGGAGCAGAGUCGGAUAUUUCUCAGUUCUGGUCACGACUGCAGUAAAGAAAAACACUACUUUACCCUCUGACCUACCAGCAGUAUUUAACACACACACAGAAGAGCAGAAGAAAUGAGUGUUUCUUCAGUGCUGUGUUGUGUUCUGUGGAAUAAAUGGAGGAAAAAGGAAAAAAGUGCCACAUGGUAAAAUUCUAGAACAAAACAAAAGGAAAGUUUUCUGUCUUUAUUACGUUUGUGUUUAAAAACUCUGAGAAAGUUGUGCAGGAGGACGAGGACGGCAGGGCUGGACACACAGAGACUCUGCUGGCCUUUAUUUCAAAAAGAAAGCUUUGCCCUCACUGUGCGAUGCUGUGCUCUGGAUUCUCUGCUCACCAGCAACCAGUUUAUUCCAGACUGACCCACAUCAGGAUCAUAUCAAACCAACACUGUCAGAAAGACCCACCUGCAGCCGUGUGGACUGGAGCUAUAGAGAGUUAAAGCUGUGCUCUUCUCGACCAGAAUGAAUGUAUCUUUAAACCAAAGGAGCAGCAAUGUUUUGGCAGAAAUGCUCACAGACUUGAAUUCAGUUUAUGUGAUGUUUGGGUUUAAGUU